AUGAAAGGCGGUAGGAAGAACCUGCGGUGCGCGUGCGAGGAGGGCACAACGGUGAUGCUGGCGGAGGGCGAGAGCAUCAUGCAGGUCGUCACGCUGCGCGGCUCCAACCUCAUCGAGGUGACGGACGGCGAGGGCGUCAAGUCUCUCGCCCUCUUCCCCGCCAAGUUCCAGACGAGCUUCUGGAUCAAGAACGGGAAUUUCGUGGUUGUGGAUGCUAGUGGGAGGGACGAGGCUCUCGAAUCUGGAAGUAGGAAGCCGGCUAUCUUCAAGUCGACUCCCAAUGGGCCGGCUAUCUUCAAGUGGCUGCAGGGCAUGACGAAGCUUGUCGUCGUCACCUGUGCUUUGAGGUACAAGCCAACAAGUGGAAGGAAUGUUGUUGAAACUGUUGCUCAACUCAUGGAUCCUAAGGUGAUGGAGGAAGGGGCCGUGGCCGAGGCCGAGGAGGCCGUGGACCAUCUCCACAAGGGGACCUCCUCAAGAGUUUAUGUUCAAAGUUGA